CUCCACACAUACACUUCUCGGAGAAUACACAAAGCACGUGUCGGGAAUCGCGACCAGGUGUCGGCUACAGCCACGGUGACGGCGUCCACCACUAAACCGCUCUAAAACGCUGUGAUUUUUUUAUAAGCAACCACAACAUGUGAAUCUGUUAGAAUGUCUAUGUACUUCUUCCGGCUGCACAACCUCCGCAGGGCCGAGGAGGACAAAAAGAAAAAGCAGCAGAGCAGAAGAAGAGGCAAAGUUGUGGGCUGUCAUCGGCUAACGACUAACGCUCUGACACUGGCGCCAAGCAGACUCUUCGAAAGACCACCGCUUACGCCAUCGGACAGUCUUGACGAGGUGGCUUUGCAGAUUCCCAGGGUGCGAGUGGAGUAUUAUGUCAAUGAAAAUACAUUUAAGGAACGACUGCAACUGUACUUCAUUAAAAAUCAAAGAUCUAGUCUUAGGAUACGAAUAGCCAAUUUAUUUUUAAAAUUAUUGUCAUGCAUUCUGUACAUAAUCCGAGUUGUCACAGAUCUCGAUCCCACAUAUGCGGCAUGUUACGGAUGUACGCCAGGCGACAAAUCCGAAUAUAUUAUAUCGGCCAAUCUAACCGAAGAAAAAUUUCAAGAAAACCCAAUCAUCAACUGGGAUGCUAUUCUGUGGGUGAACCGCCCCCUGGAACUUUGGAUAGUACAAGUGGUAUUGGCCAUGAUUAGCCUAACGGAGGCUCUUCUACUGGCCUAUCUCGGAUACAAAGGAAACAUCUGGCAGCAGCUGUUAUCCUUUCAUUUCAUCUUAGAAAUUGUGAAUACAAUUCCGUUUACAUUAACGCUUUUUUACCCCCCGUUAAGGAACCUCUUCAUUCCAGUAUUCCUAAAUUGUUGGUUAGCGAAACAUGCGUUAGAAAAUAUGUUCAACGAUCUUCAUCGAGCGAUGCAGAAAUCGCAAUCUGCCUUGUCUCAACAGCUCACGAUAUUAUCCGCAACUCUUGUGUGUCUCGUAUUUACAAGCGUCUGCGGCAUCCAGCACUUUCAAAGGGCCGGCCAUCGCCACCUCAACCUCUUCCAAGCGACGUACUACGUGGUGGUGACCUUCUCCACGGUGGGCUACGGCGACUUCGUCCCCGACAUCUGGCCCUCGCAGCUGUACAUGGUGAUCAUGAUCUGCGUGGCCCUCAUCGUGCUCCCCACACAGUUCGAGCAGCUGGCCUUCACGUGGAUGGAGCGCCAGAAGCUGGGGGGCUCGUACUCGUCGCACCGCGCCCAGAGCGAGAAGCACGUGGUGGUGUGCAGCACAACUUUGCACGCUGACACCAUCAUGGACUUCCUCAACGAGUUCUACGCCCAUCCGCUCCUGCAGGACUACUACGUGGUGCUGCUGUCGCCCAUGGAGCUGGACACCACCAUGCGGAUGAUCCUCCAGGUGCCCAUCUGGGCGCAGAGGGUGAUCUACAUCCAAGGCUCGUGUUUGAAGGACGGGGACCUGGCGAGGGCAAGGAUGAACGAGGCGGAGGCCUGCUUUGUGCUGGCUGCCAGGAAUUACGCGGACAAAACGGCAGCGGACGAACACACGAUACUGCGCUCGUGGGCCGUCAAAGACUUUGCUCCAAAUGUCGCACAAUACGUCCAGAUUUUUCGGCCUGAGAACAAAAUCCACGUCAAGUUUGCGGAAUACGUGGUCUGUGAAGACGAGUUCAAGUACGCCCUUCUGGCAAACAACUGCACCUGUCCGGGGGCCUCCACUCUAGUCACGCUGCUUCUUCACACUUCCAGGGGGCAGGAAGGCCAGCAGUCUCAAGAGGAGUGGCACCGGCUGUACGGCCGGUGUUCGGGCAACGAAAUCUACCAUAUCACCUUAGGCGACAGCCGCUUUUUCGGCGAAUACGAGGGCAAGAGCUUCACAUACGCCAGCUUCCAUUCGCACAGAAAAUAUGGGGUGGCUUUGGUGGGCGUACGUCCCGCCGAACUGCCAGAAUUUUACGAGGACACCAUCCUGCUGAACCCCGGCCCCAGACACAUCAUGAAGAAGAGCGACACUUGCUACUACAUGAGCAUCACCAAGGAGGAAAACUCGUCGUUCACGGUCGCCAACCAACCGCAAGGAAACAACAACAACACUUCCACCGAACCUGUGAUCGUUACGGCAGAGGAAAAGAGUCAAGCACCCGCCACCAAAGACGGUACCGGCUCUCCUCAACUAAUUCUGCAAGUUCCCACCUGUGUCACCACGUUUCCGGACAAUGCCGGUCUGAGCGACUCGCGGCAGUGUCUGAAGGAGUCCUCGCCCGGAUCCACAACGAUCGACGUGUCGAUCACCGGCAACCACUUAGACAUCCCCCGGAGCGGCGACAACCCCAACCUCCUCAGUCCGGAAAUGAUAAACCAGCGCCGGAACUCCCGGAGGCCCAGCAUCCUCCCCGUGCCGGACAUGUUCACCAGCUCGUCGCUGAACAUCCCCCAGGACGUGGCCGACGAGGGCGACGAGAGCGAGGACGAGCUGGAGGACGACGUCCCGUGGCGGUCGCCCAGCGAGAAAAUAGCGUCCAGUCUUACAGACGACUCUGGGGACUCGGAGAGACCCGCAUGGCAUGACGAAUGUGCCCGCAUCGUAAAAGGUUUCCCACCAGUGUCACCGUACAUCGGAGUUAGUCCCACCCUGUGUUACUUGCUCAAAGAAAAGAAGCCUCUGUGCUGUUUGCAACUAGCUCAAGUGUGCGAACACUGCAGCUACCGUAACGCCCGCGAUUACCAAUGGCAGAACAAGACCAUCAUUUUGGCUGCCGAUUACGCCUCGAACGGAAUCUACAACUUUAUCAUACCGUUGAGGGCGCAUUUCCGAUCCAAGACCUCGCUCAAUCCGAUCAUAUUGCUGCUGGAAAGGCGGCCGGAUAUUGCAUUCUUGGAUGCUAUUUCGUACUUUCCUCUUGUUUACUGGAUGCUGGGCACAAUUGAUUGCUUGGAUGAUUUGCUCCGAGCUGGGAUCACGCUAGCGGAAAACGUCGUUGUAGUUAAUAAGGAGUUGUCGAAUUCGGCCGAAGAGGAUUCCCUAGCGGAUUGCAACACGAUAGUGGCGGUGCAAACGAUGUUCAAGUUUUUUCCCAGCAUUAAAAGCAUCACCGAGCUUUCCCAAUCAUCCAACAUGCGAUUCAUGCAGUUCAGAGCACACGACAAAUAUGCACUCCAUCUAUCCAAAAUGGAAAAGGUAAAUAUGAAACCUUUUCAUGGACACGUUUUUCCGAGGGAAAAGGAGCGAGGUUCUCACAUUUCGUACAUGUUCCGGUUGCCUUUCGCAGCUGGCAGUGUAUUUAGCGCCAGCAUGCUGGACACGUUGCUGUACCAGGCCUUCGUCAAGGACUAUGUAAUCACCUUCGUUCGGCUGCUACUGGGAAUCGACCAAGCCCCAGGUUCCGGCUUCCUCACUUCGAUGAAGAUCACGAAGGAUGAUAUGUGGAUAAGAACUUACGGUCGGCUGUAUCAGAAGUUGUGUUCGACAACGUGCGAGAUUCCCAUCGGUAUUUAUCGGACGCAAGACACCUCUUUGUCGGACUCCUCUCAUGUGAGUAUGAGCGCCCCUUCAUCAGCCUGGUCGAGCUGCGUGCGUGUGCCAUCGCUUGACGAGGAACUUGGACCCGACAGAGUAGGUGUAACUUACCGACCCAAGGAGGGCACGAAUUGCUUGGGGUGUACUGACCGACGUAACUCGAUGUUUUCGAUCAAUAUGGCGGACGAGGCAAAGGAUAAUCACGAGCAGCAGAUAGAAAGAGCCGAAAUUGCUAAUCUUGUUAGAUCAAGAAUGGAAAGUUUAAAUCUACCAACCAUUGAUUAUAACGACGUUAGCGAGAAAAGAAAUAGUUUGUCGUAUGUCAUCAUCAAUCCCAGUUGCGACCUCAAGUUGGAGGAAGGCGACAUUAUUUAUCUGGUGCGUCCGAGUCCUUUCUCAGCCCAAAAGACCUUCGAACGCCACAACAGCCGUCGCAAAUCGAACAUUAGCUUCUGUUCUCAGACCCUCAUCCAGCAAAUGGCAGCGGCAUCUCAAGCUGGCAGUCGUCGUGGUUCCGGCUUAGGCCUAACCGGCUACCAAUCCCCACGACCUCCGCCACUGUCCACCACAAAAUCAAACUCCCUUUCCCUUCCCGACAGCCCAACAGUGGCGGGGUACCAACGCGGCCGCUCCAACUCGCUGCGAGUCAUUGACGACAUCCUCCUGCGUCGCUCAAACUCACUCAGACAGGGACUGACAAGUGUAGGUAGUGGCCGAAGGAAAAGCAGUUUGGAAGACAUAGGACUAUCGCAUUUUUCAACAAAUUACAACAAUCCGAUUAAGAUAGCUCUGAAUGGGAGUAUCGGUCUGGAGGUGACUCCUCCGGAGGAGAACAGUCCUCCAGUGAUUUCCAGUAAUACGGCGAUGGUGGUGAACGCAGCAGCGCACACCGGAAGCACCAUAAGUUUAGCACAAAGUGGCCUGCCUAGUUCUAGUAGUUCUUUACCUCAACCGCUCAACCUCGGCAUCAACGUGCCUACGAACUUCGGGGAGGCGGCGCCGGUGCAACAGGCGGCUCUGCCGCCCCCAGCCGCCCCCACGGACCCCCAGCACCUCCAAGGGACGAUCGUAUGAUAUAACCUCAUGUGGGGGAGGAGAAUGGGUAGCUUAAGGAAUAAGUGGCUCUAGAUCCUCACUUCCACAGUAGCAACUCGGGGCUGUAGUUCGUAGCUCGCCUCGGGAUAUUUAUAUAUGUAGUCUCUAGGUCCGGUCUACCUGAGGAGUUCAUCGGUUUCUUUGCAAAAUUAUUUCUAGUGAGAUACUUAGGGGCAGACCUGACUACUACCAUUUUUGGCCUUAUUAACUUUCUAUCAGAAAUUUAGACUGAUACGUUUGUAAAAAUCGUUCGUUCUUCGCCAGUCGGCCUGGCCUAGCCAAAUUUUUCUGUAACGGUUGUAGUCUCCUGGUCGUACCAAACGAACACCAGGCCUAGCUCGACUAGUGCUGCACGUGACAAGCGAAACUAAUUUUGGGGCUUAAAAUAAAGUAUUUCUGGGUAAUAGUAGGUAGAUGUUCGGAUCCGUGCAGCACUACUUACGACUCAUCUGAAAAUCACUCUUAGUAGCCACCCACCAAUGACACACACCAAGGCACAAGUUUUAUGUCGAUAUUCUCUCAUUGACGACUUUUGUUUCAAAGACUGACUCUAGACUCGUGUUUUUGGAUGAGUGGUCCAGUUCAGUAAUGCGCUACAUAGCUCAAUAGAUUUACUAUAUUUGUAGUUUCGUUUGUAAAUAACUUGAACUGUCUCUUCCACGCAGGCCAAAGGCUGCUUAUCAGUAUAAUUCGUUCAGGUAUGUUGAAUGAGGGAUCAAAUACUGUAGUUAGAAUAUCUGUUGGUAAAAAUUCUUUCAAUUUAUAACCCGCGCCGAGCAUCACCAGCGAUUCGUUCAAAACAGCAACAAAAUCAAAAGUUGAAAGUGGAGUCCUGGCAAUGGCUCGGUGCUCUCUGAGAGAUUAGCAAACAAUCUCGCAAAGUGGGUACGUUUUCGUACCGCAACGAUCCUUACUUUUGUGCACCCUGUUUGUUCAGUCUCAGCUUUGGUAUUGUUUGUGGUGUUUCCUCAACUCAAAAUCAAAAUAUACGUCGAAAAGCGGAAUAAGUUUAGGUUUGCUUUGGUAGAUUAGUGUAAACCGUCCAUGCUAGUUUUCUGUCUAGCAUCCCUUGAGCUGUAACUAUUAGACAAAGACUGUGGGUGUGGUCCAAUAUAAUCGCGACGUAUUAAACAAAAAAGAAAACAUAUCUAAAGAAAUAAGUGUCGUAGACAUAUAUUUUUCUAGAGUGACGAAAUUGUGAAGGGUUUCGAAUACAAAACCGAUGCUUUGGUACUAUUGCUUUAUUUGAAUGAUAAUUAGAGAAACGUAUCGGCCUGCGUGCCGGACGUAUGUCUUUGAUACGUUUUAAAAUAAUACUUUUUAUAUAACUCAACUGGAUAUUGUACAUAAUGUUGUUUCAUAGUUCUCAGAGUUUGCUUACUUAAAUAUCAUAGAUAUAAAUAUUUAAAUAAAUCUAAAAUUUACUGUUAGACCAUGUAUAAAAAUAAAAACUAAAUGAAUUAUUGCAAUGCACACUGCUGGGCAGGAUUUCAACUUUAUCUAAUCAUUUUUUCAACAAUGUGCAUUCGCAACGGCACGAACAAAUUAAUUCAUUAUUUAACAUUACAGAGUGGAUGAACCUUUACUGAAUACGCUUACAUUUGAUGUACAGUAAAGUCAAUACUGUCAUAGCACAUUAUAUACAUUGUAUUUUCA